AUGAAUUUGGAAGUGAUACGAAGACGCGCAGCAUCUUUGGGCAAAGAAGUUUGCCGCAAUUGUACACAAGGGCAGCGAGUGGCAUGCGGGAAGCUGGCCAUGUCUCUGGAGUCCGUCUCUGCUACGGCUGUAUGCAUUGUCGAAGUGUGCAGUGUACUUACCGACGGCAAAUGCUGUUUUUCGAUCGCCUCCGAUCAGCUGGACGUCAAGUUGACUGCCAUGUGGCAACAAACAUACGUCCGGGUCUCAUGCAGCAGUACCGGCAAAUCCUUUCACAUUCGGCGCAACUUCCAAGUCGUGCUCCGCCCAAGUUGA